AACAAGGCAUCCCCUCCCUCCAGUGAAGCACCCAAACAACCCAUUAAUAUCCCACUUCGAUCACUUUCAGCAAUGGCUUCUUCUACCAAUCUCUCUGCAACCCUUCUCGUCUUCUCAGUCCUUCUCUACUCUUCAACAUUCUCCAGUGCUUGCGGCACAUGCAAGCCUGCACCUAAAACCCCAAAACCAAAACCAAAACCAACACCAAUAACACCGGUACCAACAACACCAAUAAAACCAACACCAGCACCAGCUAUGGAAACUUGCCCGAGAGACACGUUGAAGUUAGGGGUUUGUGCAGACCUUCUGGGACUCGUGAACGUUCAAAUUGGAUCGCCAGCAACCAGUCCCUGCUGUGCACUGCUUAAAGGCUUGGUUGAUUUGGAGGCUGCUCUUUGUCUUUGCACCGCGCUUAAGGCCAAUGUGCUUGGUAUUAACUUGGACGUUCCAAUUGCUUUGAAUUUGCUUGUUAGUGCUUGCCAGAAAACUGUCCCUCCUGGUUUUAAAUGCGAAUAAGAUUAUUAUUCUUGUGCUUUGUUUCAGUGGUCUUAAUGUUGGGGUUUGUUUGGAGAGUGAUGCCUAAUCUGGUAUAAUAACAAGGCAAGCCUGUUUGCCUGAAUAAAUCUUCUGUAACGCUCCUUGUAAUUUUGUAGUAUUUAUUAUGCUUUGUCUACUUAAAUCUCCAUGACUUUACAUA